UACUCAUUUCACGGCUUGCAGCCGUAAGUACAUAUGGAACGACCAAAGCUGAUAAGAUAGCAGACCGCUUCCAAGAGGACGAUCUGCAACACCUGCAGCUGUUCACCUAGUACGGAAGGCUCGCGCUCAAGAAGUUUGGCAGCACGCCCUUACACAGAGGUUGCAGUUCCUCCACAGACUAGAGCUAUCCCUACGAGGCGGCCUACGAUGCCGAAGGUGGCCACAAGAUCUUGAAGAGGCGCCUCGAGAUCUCGGACAUGCAGUAUCCGGAACUGCAGAAUUUCAGGAAACGCAUAGCCUCGUGCUUCUCGAAUAUCUCCUGCUUCCUCAUGCCCCAUCCAGGCUUGAGAAUAGCCACCAAUCCCAACUUUGACGGAAGGCUGUCCAAUAUCGAGAACGAGUUCAAGUCUGUCAUGGGCAUUAUUUAUAUACUGUUGGUAGCAUUUGUAAUACACAUGCGACAUUCACAGAUUUGAUCUGAAAAACCGAGUGUGGAGCUGAGUUCAAAACUCUUAAAGAAGCUGCCUGGGCUAUAACCAAUGCCACAAGUGGAGAAACAGCAGAUCAGAUUCGAUACUUAGCAGAUCAAAAUUGUAUUCUUCCAUUAUGCGAAUUGUUAAAAGUAAUGGACGCAACGAUUAUUCAAAUGGCAUUGAAUGGUUUAGAAAAUAUUUCACGCCUUCGAGAACAAGAUGCAGUCCAUCACAAUGGUGUUAAUCCAUACUGCGUUCUUAUUGAACAAUGUUUUUUCGGCCUAGAUAAAAUAGAAUUUUUACAAUCUCAUCAAAAUUUCGAAAUUUACUUGAAAGCCUUCGACAUCAUUGAGCGUUACUUUGGCUCGGAAGAGGAGGAAUCAAAAAUUGCUCCAUCAGUUGAUUCUCAUGGACAACAGUUUCAAUUUCCCACUGUAGAUAUCGUGAGUGGGCUGUACAGCAAAUAAAGUUUUAGACAUUCUGUAUAUACUGCAUAUUUUGUUUCCUACAUGUAAGAUCAUAAAUAAAGAUAUGCUAUGAUAAAGUCA